AUGUCCGUCACCACGAAAGCAACCAUUGCCUCUUUCGGCGGCAAGCUUCUCAAGCUUAGCCAUGCCGCCAAGUCCACCAACUGCGAAAUGUCAUUCAACCUGUACCUUCCGCCGCAGGCAUACAAGACACCCAACCAGAAACUGCCUGUCCUGAUCUACCUCUCCGGUCUGACUUGCACAGCGGACAACUGCUCUGAGAAGGGCUUCUUCCAGCACGGAGCUAGCAAGAAGGGAAUUGCCGUCUUGUACCCAGACACAAGCCCUCGCGGCCUCGACAUCCCCGGCGAAAACGACUCGUGGGACUUUGGCACUGGUGCCGGUUUCUACGUCAACGCCACAAAGGAACCCUACAACAAGGGUUACAACAUGUACAAUUACGUCACAGAGGAGCUGCCCGCGACAGUCUUUGAAGCGUUCCCACAACUCGAUAGCAGCCGUGUCAGUAUCACGGGGCACAGCAUGGGCGGUCAUGGUGCGCUGACACUCUUCCUGCGCAACCCUGGCAAGUAUAAGAGUGUUUCUGCGUUCGCGCCCAUCUCGAACCCGAUUAACUGUCCUUGGGGACAGAAGGCGUUUGGGGGGUAUCUUGGGGAGGAGAACAAGGAGACGUGGAAGGAGCAUGAUGCGUCGGAGUUGGUGAAGGGGUGGAAGGGGAAGGAGGUGGAUGUUUUGAUUGAUGUGGGAACCGGCGACAACUUCUACAAGCAAGGCCAGCUUCUCCCCGAGAACCUGGAGAAGGCGGCGAAGGAAGCAGGAGUCACGGGGAUCAAGGUUCGGUACCAGCCGGAUUACGACCAUAGUUAUUACACCAUGGCGACGUUCUCGGAUGACCACGUUGAGCAUGCGGCCAAGUAUCUCUUUGCAUAG